UGUGUGGGAGCCUGCAGUCUGUAAUACAGGGCAGAGUCAUCGCAUCUUACAGUAAACAGCCUUUUGCACAUGCCAUUUAGACUACUGUUAGUCUGCACCUUCUACUGUUUGCAAUGGUACUCGUUCAUGCAGAACUCUGAGUUGUCGUCAACAUGGUGGACUUGUUCAUUAAUCGGGUUCUGGUGAGGAACAACCGGGAGCAGGACGAGCUGGACACGGAACGCGAGGUUGUCAUGCGCCUGGAGAACCGCGUCCUGAUGCUGCUGUUUGCAGCCGCUGAGUGCGAGGGCUGCCGGCGCUUCGCUCCCGCGCUCAAGGACUUCUUUAAAAAGCUGACAGACCAAUUUUACGUGGACCGCUCGGCUCAGCUCGUCCUCCUGUACGUCAGUUUGGAUCAGUCAGAAGAGCAGCUACAGAGCUUCCUCAGAGCGCUGCCUAAGAGGUGCCUGUUCCUGGCCUAUGAGGACCCCUACAGGAGGGAGCUGGGGGCCAUGUUUAACGUAGAGGAGCUUCCCACAGUGGUGGUGCUGCGGCCCGACGGCUCCAUCCUCAUCCCCAACGCAGUGGAGGAGAUUCUCCGCCUCGGCCCGGGCUGCUAUCGCAACUGGCAGGAGGCAGCCGAGCUCAUCGACCGGAGCUUCAUGGUCAGCGAGGACUUUGAGGACAGGUCCAGGUGGUGCAGCUUCAGCGAGCCUGUGAGAAGACUCAAGUACAAGGUGGAGAAUGAGAAGAAGAAAAAGCAGAAGCGGACGGGCAGAGGCCGGGACGGAGGUGGAGAAGAUGCAGAGGUGGACGGAGGGACAGGAGGAGGGGGAGGAGGGUCGCCAUGGUGACAGAAGGAGAAAAUGAGAGUGCAAACUACUUAAAUGUUUAGGUGUGAAAGCCUUGUGGUGCCGUUGAGCCCGUUUGUCUACACAGCUGCACGUCAGAGUCCAGAUAUUACUCUUCCUGUUCAUGAAGUGAAAAUGUCAAACUGAUGUUGUGCUGCGCGCUUUAAUAUCACUGUUAGCAGACGGAGUCUUACUGCAAACAUUCCUUCAGUGGAUGCGCCAACAACCAAUAAAAGCUAACAUAAAGCAGCAUCUGAAGGAACAGUGGGUGCCGCUCACCAUCAGUGACCUCACUUCAGCAUUGUCUGUAUUUAAUGAUGCUGAAUGCUGCCAAGCACACGGCCAAGCCAAGACCAAAUCCCGGCCAAACCUCAUCACUGGGGCUUGUUUUAUUUUGAUUUCACCGGUGAGAUCAUUCCAUCCACUUUUCCAUUUUUAGGAGCACCUUUUAAAUUGAUAAUUUGCCAGUCUGUAAACACACCAUACAUAAUCUGAAAUCAGUGAAUUAUGCCGCGCCAUUAAAA